AUGUCGCUAGUUGAUAAAAGAGCCGAGAGAAAAAGAGACGAAGAGCGCGGGAAGAGAGAAAGAGCAGAAAAGGGAAGGGGAGUAACAAUUAACAACGAGUGGCAGGAGAGACGAAGCAGCGGUAGAGGCAGAGUAAGCGCGAACAAGAGAGACAAGGAGACACGACUCGAGGUGAACACGACUGAGAUACUGGAGUGCGACGGGUAUAUCUACCUGGAGCCGCUCAAGAUAUUUCCCGCCGACCAAUUCGUCGUUGUGGAACGAGUCGGCGCGGAUGAUGCGUUGACAGAUAGUGAAGUGCCAACAAAUAGCACAGUGGCCAGUGAAAGUGAUCCCGAUCACGCUACCCUUGCCAAUAUGUGCACGACACCAGGCAACACGGGCAAUGGUUUUGGGUAUGCGUGGUCGUUAAAUGCUCCUGGUACUGAAUCACGUGAUAACGCUCAGGGUGAGCUAACAGCUAAUAUAAGUUACGCUUUUAAUAAUAAUCAAGAUCAGAGCACCAGUCAAAAGAUACAGGUUGACAUAAAGCCUGCUAAAGUUAUCAAUAGUACUGCCAGACGGCCAGUAUUUACGAUGAAUGAAAAUUGUCAACAGACACCUACAACACAUGGUCAUACGGGAGCUCAUAAUCAAACUCAUGUCACUCAUGCUCGUGUGAAAAAACAUUCUGAUGUUUUUACGCUUACCUGCGACAAGGGUGGUUGUAAUUGUGAUGCAGCCCAUACUACACCAGCACCAACCAUAUUUCCUAAUGCAUUAGUUUUUACUACCGGUGAUAAACACGCAAUGAGUAAACAUUUUAUGACACCUAUUGGGCCGCUUCAGCUUACUGCUGAAGAGUGCAAUGAAAUAUUGAUGAAAAGAGCUGCUGCAGCAUCUACUCAAGCAACAACCAAUAAUGUAUCAACCAGCCAAGCUGAUACAGCAACACAUUUUGGUCACGUGCUUACGCAUGUUAAUGCAACGCAAAUUGAAACUAAGGUUAAAACUCAACAAGACAUGGGAAGUCAAGUACGCGUACCUAAAGAAAGGCCAUACUCAUGCUCUGAAUGUGGAAAAUCAUUUCUUCUUAAGCAUCAUCUUACUACCCAUGCACGUGUACAUACUGGGGAACGGCCUCAUAUCUGCGUACACUGUGGCAAAAGUUUUGCACACAAACAUUGUCUACAUACCCAUCUUCUGCUGCACAGUGCUGAAAGACCUUAUCAGUGUCGUGAAUGUAAAAAAUCAUUUACUUUGAAACAUCAUUUGGUUACCCACACACGCGUACACACAAGAGAGCGGCCGUUUGUCUGUCCGGAGUGUGGCAGAGCAUUCCCGCUAAAACGUCACUUAGUGACACACAGCAAAUUUCAUUCAGGCGAACGGCCAUACGUUUGUUCUGAGUGCGGUGAAUCAUUUUCACAAAAGGAUCAUCUCACUAUGCACUCGCGCUUCCAUGGCAGCCUCCAUCCAUUUGUUUGUCCUGACUGCGGGGCAACCUUCCAGAGGAAAUUUGAGCUUGUUAAUCACGGUCGUCUUCAUGGUCGAGUCCCGCACUCGUGCACCGUGUGCGGAAAAGAAUUUUUACAGAAGAGAACUUUGCUUGCUCAUAUGCGUCUUCAUACUGGUGAAACCCCAUUUGCGUGUACUGUAUGCGGUGAAGCAUUUGCUCGUAAGGUUGAUUUGGUAGCUCAUUCAAAGAUGCAUAAUGCCAUUACUGAUGAAAAAACCCUUACUUGCAGAGAGUGCGGCUUGGACUUUUCCAAUCGAGAAGCACUUACUCUUCACUUGAGGUUACAUACGGGUGACAGAACUCUUGUAACCGAUUUAUGUGGAUUAGCAGCUGCUUUUCAACAAACUCCAGGGCACUUUUUAACACAAAAUACUACUGGAGCUCAUCAGAUAAACGGACCGAUCAGCACUCCUGGAGUAAGUCAUAUGCAAUGUGCUACUCAAACAUCUCCACCAGCUGGACCUAAACCUAAACCUCACUUGUGCCCUGAUUGUGGUCGUGGGUUUGCUCAAAAGCAUGGGCUUUCACAGCAUCAACGACGUCAUACUGACGGAAGCUGUCAUAUACGAUCGCAUAUUCUUAAGUACAAGAAGGUCCUGGGUUAA